UCACUUGCUCUACAAACUGGUCAAAAAAAAUUGGUACCUUAGGGGGGGUGUCCAGUCCCCCCUUAAAUGAAUUCGAUCGAGUCAAUUAUUUUAUUUUGAAUGAUAAUCCGAUGAAUAUAUUAUCUUUUAAUAACAGAAUCAAUUAUUUAUAUAAACCUUUUAUUUCUAUUUAUCAACAAAAAAUGUUUCUCACUUUCAAAUUUUAUUUUAUUUCAAUUUUAAUCUAAAUUAUCUCAUACAUGAGAGAAUUUAGAUAAAAUUAUAUAUUUUAUACUGACAAAUAAUUGUUUCUCUGGUUUUUUUUUUUGAAAAAACAAAAAAUCUCAGUUUGAAUUGAUAUGUUAAAAAAAAAAAAAAGAAAAAUAGUUAAUAUCUUUCGAUUUGUUAAUAUAUAAUUAAAUCGAACUAUUUUAUAUUAGUUUUCAUUUGUAAAUCUUGUUUUUGUUUUUCGAAUAAAAUUAAAUAAAAAUGAUUUAUUUAAAGAUGAAAGAAAAUGUUAAUUAAAUGUUUUAUCGAAUUGAUAUUUAUUUAAAAUCGAUAUUAAAAUUAAAAUUGAAUUAUCGAAAUAUGUCAAUUAAGAUAGUUGGUAUCGGUGUCUCUCAAUAAAAUAGUCGUGCUGAUAAACAAGAAUAUUUUCAAAUAGGAGAACAAUUUAUAAAUCAACCUAAAAAAGAACAAGCUAAACGUUUGUUUUAAAAAAAUAUUUUUUUUUAUUUUUUAUUUAAAUUAAAAUUCAAAUAAAUGUUGAAUAGAUUGUCUUUUUUUGGUGAAGGAUUUGAUUAUAUAUCUGAAUCAAUAUGAGAAAGACUUGAAAAAGCUGAAACAAUUGAUGGUCCAAUUAUAAAUCGAUAUAGAUAAUUCGGAAAACAACAUCAAUUAUGGAUUUCAUUAGCUCAUUUUCAUCAACGAGUCCGUUUUAGAAUUUUUUUUUAAAUUAAUUUAUUGAAAAAAAAUCUUAUUUAAGUCAGGUGAUGGAACUCGUGUAUUAAAUAGUCAUUUAAUAAUAAAUGAUAAAGAGCAUCGUCAUGAAAAUGGUGCACAAAUUCUUACUUAUCCUAGUGCAUUUACUAAACAUAGAGGAGAAGCUGAUUGGGAGGUUGUUGAUCCAUGGGGAAAAAUUCUUUUAGAUAUGAAUUUAGAUUCUCCAUUAGUUCGAACAAUUGAUAUUGAUCUUGGAUAUAUUGAACAAGUUAGAGAAAAAAUGCCAAUUAUUCAACAUCGUCAACGUGAUUUAUAUAAAUUAAUCUCACCAACAACUAUUAUUGUACCAAUUGAUGAUAAAAAUGAAGAAAAAAUUCGUUGUGGUCAAUUAGAAAUAAGAAUAAAUCAAAUAUUUUUUCGUUCAACAUUAACAUUAGCUUUUGUCAAUAAAAAAUCGGUUGUAUUUGGACAUGUAGUUGUAUCACCAUUUCGUUGUGUUGAAAGAUUUUCUCAAUUAAAUCCUGAAUAA